AAAAGAAAAAGAUUUCUGUUAACAAGUCUAUGAAAUGACUUGUAUUUACAAAACACAGAACUUUUACAAAUAGCUCAAGGCAUUUAAGAGACGUUAGUCUGGCGCCUGCGCUCGGCUCCAUCUGGUGCGGCUGUGGCCGGGAGGCGACUGGAGUAUGUCGGCCCCGUUUGAGGAGCGGAGUGGGGUGGUUCUAUGCAGGACCCCGUGGGGCCAGUGGUACCAGACCCUGGAGGAGGUGUUUAUUGAAGUUCAGGUGCCGCCAGGCAUGCGCGCCCAGGAUAUCCAGUGCGGCCUGCAAAGCCGGCAUGUGGCGCUGGCGGUGGGCGGCCGCAAGAUCCUCAAGGGCAAACUCUUUGAUUCUAUAAUAGCUGAUGAGGGAACACGGACUUUGGGUAAGGAUGGAAAAAUGGUUCGUAUUGUUCUUACCAAGACAAAGAGAGAUACAGCAAAUUGUUGGACUUCUCUACUAGAAUCUGAAUAUGCAGUUGAUCCUUGGGUACAAGACCAAAUGCAGAGAAAGCUUACAUUGGAGAGAUUCCAAAAAGAAAAUCCUGGUUUUGACUUCAGUGGAGCAGGAAUCUCAGGAAACUACACUAAAGGUGGACCAGAUUUCUCAAACCUUGAGAAAUAACUGCUUUUUCUCCUGCGUUCUGUGGAUGCUAGCAGAUAUUGCCAACUUAAUCAGAGGAACACAUUAUGUGAUGGAAGAAAAAUGGGGAUGCCUACAGUUAACAAAUUACAAAAUAUAUUUUAAAAUGGUUCUAAAAAUUGCAUUGAAACAUGAUUUAUGUAGGAAACAUACUAUGCGAACUAUUCUAUGGAUAUAUGGUAAAGUUUUUUUGGACUUGUUUUUGCUCAGCAUGAAGUUUUAUACGUUGCAUUUUACUAAUUCCAUAUUUAACCAUAUUUUUAAUACAAAAGAACACUGGAACAUAGAUCAUGUGAAAUGAAGGAUGCCUUCAGGGAAAAUUAACUUUUUGAUAAAUACAAUAUUCAAUAAAGUUUUCUAACUAGGAAAAAAAAAAAAGAGACGUUAGUCUUUUUCUUAACCAUUUUUACUUUUUUG